AUGGCAACUAAACUAAAAUUAACAGUUUAUGAACUUAAGCUAGCUUCGCUGCAAGUCUCUGCCAACUCCGCUCUCACAGCAUUGUCGACACUGCAACGGCAGAAACGUAUCUUGACUUUGGUGGAUAGAAGUAUGGAGACGGUAGAUGUAGAAGUAUGGGAUGAUGAGGCGGCACUAUUCGAUAAUGACCAGCAUCCUGUUCUUGUAAAAUCAGGCAGCACUAAUGAAUUUGAUGGAACGAAAAGUGUCAGCACUAAUAAUGCUCUAAUAAUCAAUCCUCACAUUAGGGAGGCUGAAGAUGGAUCGGCGAACAGUCACACCAACAUAAUUGAGUCUGCCGAAACUUCUGAUGAACGUAACUCCCGUUUGGAAAACCAACGUCUGACAUCUGAGCAACAAACAAUCCGACUAACAAACCAAAAUAUUCGUUCAUUAGCGUCGAGGGCUACUGAAACAGCAGAAGAACAAGAUAGCAGUUCAACAGCAGCAAGGGCUACAGAAACGCCGGAUCAACGAGAAAGUAGACUUAGAAGCCAACGUGUUCGUCCAUCUGUAGCAAGAGCUAGGGAAACGUCAGAACAACGAGAAAGUCGCCUUAGAACUGAACGUUCUCGAUCCACCUCAAGAGAAAAUGAAACAAUUGAUCAAAAUAUUUAUCGUCGUAAGCAAGAUAGUUAUCGUCAUCGUCGAAAAGUGCCUGCGUCUUUCGAGCGGAUUGCAUUCAACUACACAGCUGACAUGGAUUAUAGUAGGAAUGAGUUAAUAGCUAUAGGUUCAAUGAACAACGUUUGUCGACACUGUAAUGCAUACAAAUACAAACACGAAACACAAGGAAUGUGUUGCUCAAAUGGAAAAAUAGUUUUACCCCAACUUCUUCCACCACCACAGCCAUUAUUAUCAUUGAUGACAGGGUCUCACUUGGAUUCUCAGCAUUUCUUAAGAAAUAUCAGAAAGUACAAUUCUGCUUUUCAGAUGACCUCUUUUGGAGCUUCCAAUGUGAUGAAAUUUGUGGAAGGACAAAUUUACCACCGCAUGGGAUCACUAUUGCCAAGCUCUAAUGAAGAUCCAAACUGUUUACAAAUUUAUUUUAUUGGUCAAGCAGAUGAACAAGUACAACAACGACAACGUUAUAAUCCUGAAACGAAUCAGCGUGUUGUAGCUGAUUUGCAAGAAAUGUUUCAUGGCCGCAAUGAACUAAUAAGGACUUUUAAGCAAGCUAGAGAUGAUCCAAGACUGUGUUCAGAUGAGCAUUUGAUUACUAUUCAUUCUGACAAUGCACCUACGAUUGAUGAUAUGGCAAUAUUAAUAGUUGGUGAGCCGACUGCGCCACGUGACAUUAUUAUUCGCCGACGUGAUGGAAAACUAUUUCAUCAAUAUAUUGUUGACAUGUAUGCUAAAAUUGAGAUGGAACGUCUGAUGAACAUUCGUCGCAAUCAACCCAAACUACGAGUAGAUAAUUACAUUCAUUUGCAAGAUGCCAUAAACAGCAGUAUUGAUAUAAAUCCAAAUGAAUUAGGACGUGCUAUAAUACUACCAGCAACAUUCACCAGCAACAUUGUACGCCACAUGCAGGAAUAUAGGCAAGAUGCUAUGGCAUAUAUGCGAUCUUAUGGUAGACCUGAUUUAUUCAUUAUGUUUACAUGCAAUCCAAAGUGGGAGGAAAUCACUAGCGAAUUAUCUUACGGGCAAACAUCAGCACAUCGACACGAUAUAACAGCACGUGUCUUCAAGCUAAAAUUAAAAUCUUUAUUGGACUUCAUUGUAAAGAUGCAUAUUUUUGGAGAAACACGAUGUUGGAUGUAUUCAGUCGAAUGGCAAAAUCGCGGAUUGCCGCACGCCCACAUUUUAAUAUGGUUAGUUGAAAAAAUUACACCCAAUCUCAUUGAUAGUGUAAUUUCAGCUGAGAUACCUGAUCCCAACAAUGAUCCUCAAUUGCAUGAUAUUGUAAUAAAAAAUAUGGUUCAUGGUCCGUGUGGAAGUAUUAAUCCAAAUUCUCCAUGCAUGGUGGAUGGAAAGUGCACUAAGAAGUAUCCAAGGCAGCUGCUUAAAGAAACUAUAUCGAGUAUUGAUGGCUAUCCUCUUUAUCGGCGACGAUCAGUGGAAGAUGGUGGUAAAUCAACUACAGUGAAGGACCGCAAUAUUGACGUUGACAUUGAUAAUCGCUGGAUAGUGCCAUAUUGUCCGUUACUUUCAAAAACGUUUAAGGCACAUAUCAACGUAGAAUAUUGCAGUUCGGUAAAAUCAAUAAAAUACGUUUGCAAAUACCUCAACAAAGGACCCGACAUGGCAGUAUUUUCCUUUCAAAAUCCAACUGAUGAAGUAACGAAUUAUCAAAUUGCUCAAUAUAUCAGCAGCAAUGAAGCAGUUUGGCGAAUUUUAGGAUUUCCAAUACAUGAACGUCAUCCAAUUGUUGUUCAUCUUGCAGUACAUCUUGAAAAUAGACAACUUGUGUAUUUUAAUGAGACAAAUGCACAAGAGAGAGCCUUAUUACCACCAAGUACAACAUUAACAUCAUUUUUCGAUUUAUGUAGAAAUGAUUUGUUUGCCAAAACCUUGCUUUAUGCUGAAGUCCCAAAAUACUUUACUUGGAACGCAUCAUCCAAAAAAUUUCAACGCCGUAAACAAGGAAAAGCUGUUGAAGGAUGGGAAAAACUUUAUUCCACAGAUGCCAUGGGUAGCAUAUAUACUUUUUAUCCUCAGAAUGCAGAAUGCUUCUAUUUAAGAAAGCUUCUAACAAAUGUUCGUGGACCAACAUCAUUUGAAAAUUUGCGAACAGUGGAUGGCAAAAUAUGUGCAACGUACCGUGAGGCAUGUCAAAAAUUACAAUUGCUAGAAAGCGAUGAUCAUUGGGAAACGACACUUGCGGAAGCAUCGGUUAAAAGGCACCCACGCCAAAUUAGAGCAUUAUUUGCAAUUAUAUUGGUUACUUGCUCACCAUCUAAUCCAAAAUUACUUUGGAAACAAUUCAAGGAGGAUAUGGCGGAAGAUAUAUUACAUCAACAUAGAGCUCUUAAUAAUGAUCCAGCAAUGGAAUUUUCGGAUACAAUUUUUAAUGAAUUUGGAAUGUUCGCCCCAAUUCGUCCAAUUAGUGAUCCAUUUGAAAGAGAUUUACUUCGAGAAACCGAUUAUCAUCCAAAAGAAUUGGAAAUUUAUCUGGGAGAAAAUUUGCCAAAGUUACAACCUGAACAAAAAAAUGUCUACGAUUAUGUAAUGGAUGCUAUAAUAAACCAAACCGGUGGUUUACAUUUCAUAGAUGCACCCGUUGGAACAGGAAAGACAUUUCUAAUUUCACUGAUCUUAGCCAGCGUCCGGUCUCAAGGUAAUAUUGCGUUAGCUAUUGCAUCUUCAGGAAUUGCCGCAACACUUUUGGAUGGUGGAAGAACUGCACACUCUGCACUGAAAUUACCAUUAACAUGGCAAUUUUCUGAGGAUUGCACAUGCAACAUCACAAAGAAUUCAUCAAUGGGUAAAGUUUUACAAACGUGCAAAAUCAUAGUAUGGAAUGAAUGCAACAAGGCACACAAAAAAUCUUUAGAAGCCCUUAACCGCACCUUACAGGAUUUGCGGAACAACACAAAUUUAUUUGGAGGUGCUCUUAUUCUACUAGCUGGAGAUUUUCGUCAAACUCUACCUGUCAUUCCGAGUUCAACACCAGCCGAUGAACUGAAUGCAUGCAUUAAAUCUUCUUCUCUUUGGAGUCAUGUUAAAACACUUAAAUUAACUACAAAUAUGCGUGUAGCUCUUCAAAACGAUAAAUCAGCUUUACAAUUUUCUAAGCAAUUGCUAGAUUUAGGAAAUGGAAAAAUGCCAGUCAAUUCAGAAACAAAUUCUAUUACAUUCCCGGGUGACUUUUGUAAAAUGACACAAUCUAUUGAAGAUCUAAUUAUUUCCAUAUUUCCAAAUAUUGAAUGCAAUUUCAAAAAUACGCAAUGGUUAUGUGAACGUGCAUUAUUAGCUGCUAAAAAUGUUGACGUUAACUAUAUGAACAACAUUAUCCUGAAUAGAAUCGUUGGAAGUCUAAAAACAUAUAAUUCAAUCGAUACCGUAAUGGAGGAAAAGGAUGUCGACAAUUACCCAAUUGAAUUCUUAAAUUCACUCGAUCCUCCAGGUUUUCCACCACAUGUGCUUACAGCCCCGAACCGGCGCGGCAUUGCCGCCAAAUCGCCCUUGCAUACUUGGAGCAAUGUCAAGGGUGAAGGUAAACUAUUCAGCAUCGAUUUAAUGGAUGAAUCUUUCGAGAUACGUGCCACCGCAUUACGUGAUCAGUGUGAUAAAUAUUAA